CCAAAACCACUUGAUGGCCUUUUCUUUCUCGUCGAGCAACGCAAGAUGGCUAAAAGACGACUAUUCAACCGUCCAACAAUAUCAAUAUUUCCUAACCCACGAUUAUCGUUUCAUCUAAAUAUCGCCUCUUCACGUAUAGGCUUAAGCAAGCGUGCUAUGGCUGAUCUUCGCUCUCCCUCGGAACCGCGCGUCUUCCCUUGUUCAGGGUGGGAUAUCAUCGAUCCUUCUUUAAAGAUUGAAGAGGAGUCAAUUCCAAGCUACAAAUCCGAAAAUUUUUAUCCAGUUCGCAUUGGUGAAGUAUUCAAUCACCGAUAUCAAGUAUUGGGCAAGUUGGGCUAUGGCUCCAGCGCGACAGUGUGGCUCUGUCGUGAUUUAUUGGAUCACCGUUACAUAGCAUUAAAGAUUUACACGGCGUCAAAAACAGUGACUCGAGAGAUCGAGAUUUACAACCAUCUAAGAACAGUUAAAUCCAGCCAUGCGGGUCAGUCGUGUCUGCGACCGUUGCUUGAGGUCUUUCAGGCCCAGAAUCCAGACGGGCAUAGUAUUCACACUUGUCUGGUGCAUCCGCCACUUGGGAUCAGCCUUGGCCAGCUUACUCCAUUACUCCCUGAUGGGGUGAUGAGCAGCGUCAUGGUAAGAACUACCAUACGGAAUAUCCUUGCUGCUCUUGACUUCCUCCACACGGAAGCAAUGGUUAUACAUACCGAUCUCCAACCAAAUAAUAUUCUCCUUGGCAUCAAAGAUGACUCAAUUCUAUCCCAAUUUGAACAGGCAGAAUUUGAAGCACCUGCACCACGAAAAAUUCUUGAUGAUCGUACCAUUUACAUCUCACGGCCACUCUGUAUCUCUUAUGGGACGCCUGUUCUCUGUGAUUUAGGUGAGGCUCGAUUAGGGACGGACCAGCAACAGGGCGACAUCAUGCCAGAUAUCUAUCGGGCACCAGAGGUCAUCUUGGAUAUGAGUUGGGACAGCAAAGUUGAUAUCUGGAAUGUUGGGAUGGUGAUCUGGGAUCUGUUUGAGAGUCGCCAUCUUUUUAGGGCGCGGAAUCCCGCACGCGAAUUGGAUGAUGGAUAUCAUCUCGCCGAGAUGCAGGCGGUCCUCGGAAGUCCUCCUGUUGAGUUCCUCGCUCGGAGCGAAAGAAGCCUCUUCUUUUGGGAUGAAAAUGGUAAUUGGAAAGGCGCCGUUCCCAUUCCGGAUUAUGAUCUUCACACACUAGAAGAAAGGCUCGAAGGCGAUGAAAAGGACGACUUCCUACGUUUUCUCCGGCGGAUGUUAUGUUGGCUUCCAGAAGAACGAGCCUCUGCAAAAGAUCUUCUAUUUGAUCCUUGGUUAAUGCAUGGUCUAUUCAAGUGAAAGCAAGUGUGGUUGCCCUGAGGAGCAGCAACUGGUGGAUCAGUUUUUUUUUUUUUUAUAACAGACUGAAGUUACCAAACGACUAAGUGAUCCCAAAAACGGGCACUACAUUCCUAGGAACAAGGUGUCCAAGAGAGCAGGGUGUCCGCAGGAUAGCGGAUAGCCACACACGGCCCUGAUCUUUGGCUUGGCGGAGAGACGUCUGCAAAUCAUCCGAUCUCCAGUCCCCUUCCAUCCCUUCCUCUCCCUAGCUUCAAAGUCUUAGUUUAGCUGCCAAUAGAUUUGUUUCUCAUUGCUUGA